UUAAAAAAAAAUCCAAAUAAAGAAUUUCAGAAAACAAAAAAAAGUAAAGAGCUUUAAAACAACACCAAUAAAGAAAAGGUUAAGAAAGUUAUUCAUUCAAAGAUGAACUUUAAUAAUACCAAUAAUAACAACAACAACAACUACAAUAAUAAUAGAUAACACAACUUUAAUUUCGCACAAAAUUAAUAAGUUUAGAAUAAUAAUAAUGUUGACAAGUUUCCAUAAGCUAAUUAGUAAAAUUAAUAAAAUUAUUAAUUUAGUAGAUUACCAACUUUUAAUAAUAAUGCUAAUCCAAUCAGAUAAGCUAAAAGUCCGGAAAGCUAGAAAGCAAACAACAACGCUUUCGGCAAUCCAAGCUUGUAAUAACCAGUAGUUUCACCAUAAUAAAUUUUCUCAAAUUAUUUUCAAAAAUUUCAAAAUAAUCCUCAAAAUGAAACAAAUUAAAAAGAUCAAAGUCCUAUCCAUUAGUAAGAUAAUUAACCAAAGUAUUUUCAGUAAAACUAUGAGUAAUAGUAAUAAAAUUAUUAAGUAUAACAGUAAAAUAAUAACUAGUUUGCUGCAUAGAAUUAUGGCUAGAUGAACAACUUGCAAAAUAACAUAUAAACAAAAAAUUAUCAACCACAAUAACAAUUACAAAUUGGUAAUUUAAUGUCCCCCUAAGUACCUGUUAGUAAUAAUGCCUAAGGAAUUUAAGACUUUAAGUAAAUGUAACUUCCAAUGAAAUUAUAGCAAUAAUAACAAAAUAAUUAAUUAGGUAAUUAAGUUAACUUAAACUCUAAUGAAAAAUAAUAGGUUAUCACUCAUUAAAGAAUUGGUAGUAACCACAAUUUUAAUAGUCUUUAAUACAAUAAUUAGCCUAAUUAACUUACAUAAAACAAUUUAAUAAAUAAUAACAUUGAAUAUAAUCAAAAUAAUAUUAAUCAAGGAAAUAAUAUAAAUAAGUUUCAACCAUAAUUAAUCACUGUUUCACCAAUUAAAUAAGCUUAAUCUUAUUAGCCAAACCAAAUAGUUUAAUAAAAUAUAGGAAAUUAAUAAUAUAUAAAUAAUGAAUAAAUAAACUAACAGUUUUAGGCUUAAUAAAUUAGCCAUAAUUAGCCAAAAAAUAUUCUAACAUAGAUGGGAAAUUCAAACGAAAUUGGCGAGAUUAAUUAAAAUAAUAAUUUUAGAAAUUAACUCUAAAAUCCUUAAAAUAUGUAAAUUAAUAAUUAAAUAAAAUUAAAUGGUAACAGAAAUCAAUCUGAUUAGAGUCCUAUUACUAAUCUUGAGAGAGAUAGUUUACAAAACAAAAAAGUUUAAAGUAAUAGUUAAUAACAAAUGCAAUACUAAAACAAUUUCUAAUAGGAUGAAAUGAACUAAUUUAAUAACAGAUUUCAAUAAGGUUAGAAUUAUAACAACAAUCUUAAGAGAGAUGAUGAGCAAAAUAUUCCAUUUAAAAGCAAUAGCUAAUAACAAAUGCAAUAAUAUAAUGGUUAAUAAGAUGAACUUUAUAACAACUUUCAAUAUGAUUAAAAUUAAAACAAUAAUCAAUAGAGAGAUAUUUAGCCAAACAUACAUUUUUAAAGCAACAGUUAAUAACAAAUGUAAUUCUAAAUUGGUAUAGAUUAGAAUUAAAAUGCUAACCUUAACAGAAAUAGCUAGCAAGCUAUAUAAUUUUAAAGCAACAGUUAAUAGCAAAUGCAAUUCUAAACUGGUCAAUAAGACGAAAUCAACUAAGUUAAUAAUUAACUAGAAGGCAUAAAAUUUAAUUCAUAAAAUAAUUUAUAAGUGAAAUAGCAAAAAAAUAAUCUUUAAUAAUAAUAAAAGGACUUUAAAGAUGAUUUAUCUGAUGAAUAAGAAAUUCAAAAUGAGAGUAAUCCAUAGUAGAUGCAUUUAAAAUAUUAUAAUGUGAAAUUUCUUAGCUAAAUAAAAUUACCAAUUCCAAAAUUUAUUGAUCAAAGUUUACUUUAAGAAUUUUAAAACAUUUGUAACAAGUUAAACUAAAAAGUUGAAGAGUUCUUAAAAGACAAAAGUAACCAAGUUGAAUUAAAGGAUAAUAUUAAAAGUGAGUUUUGUAUAAUAAAUGGAAAAAUAUUUGAACAAAAUUAAAAGAAAAUAAGUAAUCUACAAUAAUAAAUCUAAUAAAAAUAAGACAAUGAAGAAGAAAAAAAAUAAUGUAAAUAUGGUCCUCAUUCUGAUUCAGUUAAUUAAAACAUAUAAAAUUAAUAAACACCUUAAGUUGAGAUAAAAAAAUCUAAUAAAAAUAAAAAUAAAAAGAAAAAUAAAAAUAAAAAGGAAAUAGAGAAAUAAGAUAUUUAAGUGUAACCAAAUGUAUUCUAACCUCCUCCAGCAAAUACGAAUAAUAUCAAUACCAAUAAUAGAAAUUAAAAACUUAAUUAGUUUUUGAAAUAGUAAGAUAUUAAAUUUUAAUAAGAUAAUCCACCUAAGGAAUCAGACAUUAGGAGUUAAGGUAGUAGGAGUGAUGUUUCAUAUUAGUAUGGAUCCAGAGAAAGUUUUUUAACAAAAAUUAAUAAUAAAACCAACAAAUUUCACAGUGAAUUGAAAUAAUAAUUAUAAAUUAUGAUAACAAAUAUAAAUGAGUAUAUGGGUUUAAAAAUAUAUUUAAAUGAAUAAAAAGAAAAUGAAAAAGACCAAAGUAAAAAAUAAAAUAUUUAUCAUGAACAAGAUUUUACUGCUAACACCUAAAAAGAAUUUUAAUAAUAUUUAGAAAAUUUUUGUUAGUAAGGUGCAGCAAAUAAAAACCCUAAUUAACUUUGUGAAUUUAAUGAUCUUAAAGCUUACGGUAAACUUUUUGAUUUCAAAUAACAUAAUUAAAUGAAAGCAAUCGCCAUAUCAAUCCUAAAAUAGAAGAUUUGCAAUCAAUCAGAUGAUGAAAGUGUUAGAAGAUUUAUAAUAAAAGAUUUAAAAAAUAUUAAACCUAACAUAACAAAUUUAGAUGCUAUUAUGAUGAGAUAAAUUUUUUUAUUUUGUUUAAAAAAUUAAAUAUAAAAUUAAUAGAAUUUAAAUACUCAAUUCAUUGAUAAUAUAUGCUAAUAUGAAAUUGUUUGCGAUUUAAUUCAUAAUCAUUUUAAAUUAAAAGCUAUUAAUUUAUCUAGGAAUAAAAACUAAGAUUCUAUUCUUUAACAGCUUGCUGAUACAAAUAAUAUCUAAUUUAUUUUUAUAAAAAAGGGACAAUUCAAUUAAAUUAAUUUUGAAACGAUAAGACCUAAAUAAAAUAAGAAUCUAGAUAUUACUUACUUUUACGAAGAGAAUGAUAAAUAAAUUUUUUUACUCUCUAAUUUAAGUGAUGUUGAUAAGCUUUUAAUCAAUAGAAAAAUUAAUGAUUGA